AUGGGAGCAGGGGCUGUCAGUGGUCACAGUCAGGGAACUGCAGGUGGCACACAAAACCAAGAAAACCAGUUUAGAAAUUCAGAUAACUUACGUAGAACGAGCCAAACUACUUUGCCGACUGCUAGAAGUGACGUAAGGAAACAUUCUCUUCCCACUUUACAAAUGAAGAUGUCAUGUGACAGGUGCUCAGUAAACUUCUCCUUGUUUAAAAGAAAGAAAUACUGUCAAGAAUGCCAUAGAUACUUUUGCUCAACUUGUCUGCCUAAGCCCAACUCAAGCUCAACGGUUGGCAGGCAGUGUAGCAAGUGUCGCCUUCUCAUGUCUGGGCAUUUCUCUCGUGAUGAUCUGCUGACAUGGAAAGUGAAUGACAUGAAGUGCUUCUUGAAUGUCAGAAAUAUCUCGACGAAAGAUUGCAGGGAGAAGCACGAUUUAGUUGAGUUGGUUUUGGCACGGUUUUGCACGCUGUCUCGGCAGUCGAUUCAGGAUCAAGAGGAGCAUGAGAUUCUGGUUCGACAAAUGGCCGCCCAUGUAAGAGAUAUCAGCUCAGUCAGUGUGUCUUCAAGCAGCGGGACCAGUAACAACAACAGCCCACUAUCUCAAAAAAGCUCACAGGCCAGACCUUUGUCUCGGCAGCCAGAUACAUCAGAAGCAACAGGAGACAACUUAGCGUCAACAUCCAGUCUAGCAUCCACAGCUCCACCAACUAACCCACUGCCAUCACCACCAGGAGAACCUCGUACAGACAGCUCCGCUGCUGGGUCUUCAGGAGUGUGGUCAGAGACCACAGCCUCUCAUCGAGUCCCAGAGGAGCCACAAGGGAUUCAUUUUGAGUUGAAUAAUGACAACCUUCAGGAGUUUCUGGAAUCUAUGGAGAGGAUUCAGGAACUUAUACGUCAGCACGAUACAUCGGGGCAGGAUGAGCCUACCGAGCAGCCAAUCAGGCGAAUGCAACUUGAUGACAUCACAGAGAUUUCACACAUUGAUGCCUUAUCAGUUCGCCAGCUUAAGGAACUGCUAGUUAACAAUUUUGUUGAUUAUAGAGGCUGCUGCGAAAAGGCUGAGCUAAUACAGAAGACCAAGCGAUUAUGGAAGGAUCACCAGGAAAAUAAAAUACGAGCUCAAAGAAUCCACAAUCUGGAGGAAUCAGCCUUUGAAACUCACAAAACAAAUGAACCCAAGGAAAUAGUUUCCACUGUGAUAGUUCAGGAAGAAUUAGUAGUAUUAUCAGCAGCAGCAACAACACCAGAAUCAGGGACAGCAGAUGAAGAAGAAACACAAACACACAAUUUGCCAACAGGUGAUGAUGAUACAGCAGAAGCCUCAACUGCAAGUAGCAAAACUGAAAUGCCUGCAGCAGAAGCAACUACCAAAGGUACCAAAACCACAGAGCCUACAACAGCAUCAAGUCGAGAGCUGAAUGAACAGAGAAAUGACAGUUUAUGCCAUAUAUGCAUGGACACCCUCAUCGACUGUAUCUUGUUAGAAUGUGGCCAUAUGGUCACUUGUACCCAAUGUGGCAAACGUCUGGCAGAUUGCCCUGUAUGUAGACAGUAUAUUGUACGAGUGGUCAGAGUUUUUAGAUCUUGA